CGGAGUUUUGUCGUGAAGCAUACGAAGCCGUGAAUGCACAAACUAAGUUGCGCAAUGGACAUUAAAGUAAACAUGUUGUUUUUUCCGUUGCUGAUGGGGGUGUUGUAUUCGGAUAGCGUGUACGCAAAGGUGGUUGACCUGACCCACAUUUACGGCCCGGAUGUGCUGUACCCACCCGUUGGGCCCGGAGGCACGUCUAACAUGUUUAAUUUUACCAUCAUGCAUCGCGGGUACGAACCAGCGCUGAACGCAUGGCUGGAAAUCAACUGGUUCGGCGUGUUCGAGCACGGCAGUACGCAUGUCGACGCGCCUGCGCACUACAGCCAGGGCCGCGCGCACCUGCACGAGAUUCCUCCGGAGCAGCUGGUGGGCCCCGGCGUAAUGAUUGACAUAAAGGACAAGGCAUCAAAAAGCCCAGACUACCUGCUGACCAUUGACGACAUUCUUGCCUGGGAGAAGCAACACGGCACGAUUCCCCAGGGUUGCAUCGUGAUGAUGAACACUGGGAAGCAUAAGCUCUAUCCGGACGCAAAGCGUUUCUACGGCACCGAGACGCCUAGUAAUAUGAGCAGCUACCACAACGCUGGCGUGGAGCCCAUGGCCGCUCGUUGGCUCAUGCAUAACCGACAAAUCAAAGCCUUUGGAACGGAUGCUCACAGCUGCGAUCCAGGUCAGAACAACAACAGAAACCCUUGUCACGAGGAAUUCCUGCCCAAUGGAGUCAUUCUACUUGAAUUCGUAGCGAAUUUGGACAGACUGCCGAUUAAGGAUUCUACAAUUUUUAUUGGACCAAUGAAAAUGCGCGACGGAAGCGGCGGACCUUGCCGAAUCCUUGCGAUUUUCGGCGAACACGUCGAAGGGGUUUCAUUGGCUAGAAGAACUCAAGGGUCGUUUGCUGGAUUGUUAUUGGUCGUUAUUUUAAGCAUAGUUCUUGAAAUAUAAUGAACGUCUAUACGGAAUCUUUAAAACUUAAACACAAAAACAAAAGCAUUUCGCAUUUAAUAACCAAUUUUUAAUUAGGGCUCAAAAGAUAAAGAGCUAAAAUCUUAUAAGAACAAUAGGCUAGAUUUAAGUAUAUGGCACGUACACUAUGUUAAUAGUGUUUUAUUGAGUUUGUUUACUUCACUACCGUAUAUUGAAGUUUUAUUUAUGUUUUUGUAGUUUGCUUUUUAUUGAUUUACAUGUAUUUGCACGAUAUUAUAUUGAAUUGUUGUAUCUUUCGUAUGAUUUAUAUUUGUCUAUUACACUUUGUAUGUGAAUCAACUUUAUUUGACUUAAAAGACUGCCCUUAAAAAGUCCAAGUUAUAGCGUAAACACAAAGUAGGGCUUGCAACCGACCAAUGAUAUCAUACUUUUUAAUUUUCACAAUUUAUUGUCUUGCCGUUUUUUUAUAGCUCGACUCGGCACAUUAUCAUUCUUAUAAAUUCAGCGAAUGUAUUCACAAAUCAAUCCACACUAGGACAACGUUAUUUUCCGGAAAACAAUGUCCUCGAGCGUGGUAUAUAAUCUUAUUGAUAUUAUUCUUGUCAUCUCUUGAGAAAAUUAAAGGUAAUGUUUAUCGAACUAAAAACGUGUUGUAUUGCUGUAAAGUGGUUAUUGACAUUUUGUCAGGAUAACGCUUACUUCAACGUGUAUGUUUCGGAUGAAAU